GCUCAGAAGACAUGGUAGUUGAUUCAGAAAAAAAUACAAAGCGUAAAGGAAAAAGCCGUACCUGGCCAGCUAAAGCACGUUUCUUUUUGCUUUGCACUACCCGCCAGUUCCAUUCAACCGUAUCACGUGAAUCAGGCAGGGCACAACGGAUUUGAAUGGCCGCUUCGCAUUAUGCUGUCAGCAGCACCACUGGGGGAAAAAACUUUAUAUGAGUCGUCGUCGUUGUGCUUAAGCUCUCCAUUCUUCACUUACUUUGCAAUGUCGAAUGUUGUAGCUACCAUUACCCAUGGACUGUUUUGGUCUGUAGCUACUGUCGCUUGUGCCGCAGUAUACACUGUCACUAUGGUUCCCUUUGUGUGGCGUACUAGAAAGCUCGGGGUCGGUUUGUUCGAGAAAAAGGACCGCUCAGCUCUCUACCCGAAGCUUUUUACUGAAGAUGGAGAAUUCGGCCGUCAUCGAUACAUUGACCUUGGUGGUGGCAAGAAAUUCCAUGUUGUCGAGUCGGGCAAUACCAACGGACCAUUGGUUCUUUUCUUACAUGGGUUUCCACAGUGCUGGUAUACCUGGAGCAAACAGUUAAAAGGUCUAAAAGGUGAUCAGUAUCACCUCGUGGCAAUGGAUAUGCGAGGGUAUGGUGCAUCUUACCGCCCGAAGCGCACUGGCUUUGUGAUGAAGGAGUUUAUAUCGGAUGUUCGAGGCUUAAUUGAGGCACUACAAAAAGAUAAGCCCCAAGAGAGCCGACGGGUAACGCUGGUUUCUCAUGACUGGGGAGCGAUCGUGGGAUGGCAUGUUAUGGCAGACUCUUGGAAAUUGGAAGCAUCUCAGCAAGGAUACAUUGACAAGGGUAUCAUCAUCAACAUAGGUCAUCCACUAGUUUCAACAGGAAAUUUAUUGCAGCCUUUCCAAAAAUACCUAUCGUGGCAUUGGCUUAUCCAGCUCAUCACUAAACCCACAGUCACAUGGCCCAUUAUCAAAACUGGCUUUGCUCCUGUACUAACCCAGCUGUCCAAAAGCUAUUACAUUUACAUUUUCCAACUACCCACAUCGUUCGGCCGCUCAUUCUUGUCCAUUAGAGAUUGGUUCUUUGCCGAACUCGUUGUGAAAGGUAUCAAGAACUCCACUGCUGAAGAUGCAGAAAUUUACAAAGCCGCUGCUGCCUAUGCUACAGUCGAUGAUCCAACACCUGCAAUUGAUUAUGCUAUUGAGUAUUAUCGACGUGGAGCCGCACUAGAAGGAUGGAGCCUCAAGAACAAAGCAGAUGGAGUGAUUGGAAUACCUGUGUUGGUACUUUGGGGAGAACAAGAUGUUGCGUUGGACAUGAAGAUUAAUUUGGAGAACACCAAGAGCCGGGUUCCUAAUGUUGAAAUACAAACAUAUCCUGGUGUGGGCCACUUCUUACCUGAAGAAAUUCCAGACGAGCUAAAUGAAAAGAUUAGGAAAUUUGCUAGCAAAUAAAAAAAGGGAAAAUUUUUCAUGGAAGCAAAUCGGUUCGCUUGCUUCAAUCGCGAAGUAUACGCUUGCGCCCGUCCAAAAAAUUACCA